UUUUUUCCCCGUUGAUGCAGGAGACUAUUUAAUUGGGGGCUGACUUGUCAAACUUACUCACUGACGCUUACCAGGAGCUGCUUAACCGGUAACAGUGAUAUUUUUUUUUCUCCCUGCCUUCUCCUGUGGACAAGUUCCCCACAAUGAAGACUCUUCUGAGCCUGAUGGUUUUGCUCUCCGCCACCCUGUUCGCCAACGCGGCCCCUCCAACUUGCUACUCCAGGGUUUUGUCCCUGAGCAAAGAAAUCACGGAGUCUUUUAAGGAGUUACAGACCUCCAAAGCUGCGGACUCGUGUGUGGAGACACUGCCCAGGCUGUACUUGGACAUCCAUAAUUACUGUGUGUUGGCAAAACUCCGUGAUUUUGUGGCCUACCCCAGAUGUGAGAGAGUGCUUGAAGUGAGUGAGCUGAAGGAAAAAGCCCGGAGCCUGUACACCAUCAUGAUCUCCUACUGCAGAAGGGACUUGGUGUUUCUCACUGAUGACUGCAGUGCUCUGGAAAAUCCUGUUAUGCCUCCCAUUGAGCCCUCCAUCAUUGAGAGCUAAAAUGGAGUCAGCCCAAAAGUUGUACCUGGGAAAUUUUCAAGGAGAUGGAGAGUCAAAAUAUGUAUACGUGGUCAACUACAACUUUAACAACUAAGAUCCUUCCCAUGCACACUAGCAAUAUUAUCUCAGACCUACCCAUUUUUCUCCCCCUUGGCAGGAAAUGAACUGCAUGCCUUGCAUACCUACUGAGCUGCUAGGGAAACUACACUUAGAGAGCAUUUUUUUAUUUGGCAAGGUAUGAUAUUUCAGCUUAGCCAGAUGUAUAAAGUAUGUUUUGUUUAAACAUUAGAUACUAUACACUAUUUUUUACUCUUUUAUGAAUAACUCAAUUCAUAGAAAGAAAUACAUUGUGAUAAAUAUUCUAUCCUGACUUAGCAGUUCUUCCUUUAUUAGAUGGGCAUGGAAGGGACCAUAUUUGUUUGAUAGGAGAAGUGUAACUCUGUACUGCCAGAUGUGUCUCUACCUGGAUAGCUCAUAUAUAUAUGCUGGUAGUUUUUGAUGUCAGACUUGUAAGAAUAGAGGUGAAAUAACCUGUCUCUGUGGAAAACUUAAUAAAAACAGCCUUCUAACCCAA